AGCGCUGGCUGCCCGGCCUCGGCAGCGAGGAUGUGGUGAGGGAAUGGGGCUGUCUCCCGCGGGGGCUCGCCAUGGCCAGGGAGGACUCGGUGAGGUGCCUGCGCUGCCUGCUCUACGCCCUCAACCUCCUCUUCUGGUUGAUGUCCAUCAGUGUACUAGGUGUUUCUGCUUGGAUCAGAGACUACCUGAAUAAUGUUCUCACUUUAACUGCAGAAACAAGGGUGGAGGAGGCUGUCAUUUUGACUUACUUUCCUGUGGUCCAUCCAGUCAUGAUUGCAGUCUGCUGUUUCCUUAUCCUAGUUGGAAUGUUGGGCUACUGUGGAACAGUGAAAAGAAAUCUGUUGCUCCUUGUCUGGUACUUUGGAAGCUUGCUUGUAAUAUUCUGUGUUGAACUGGCCUGUGGUGUUUGGACGUAUGAGCAGGAAAUAACGGCUCCAGUACAAUGGUCUGAUAUGAUCACUCUGAAAGCCAGGAUGACCAACUAUGGCCUACCUAGGUACCAGUGGCUGACACACGCUUGGAAUUUCUUUCAGAGGGAGUUUAAAUGUUGUGGGGUGGUGUACUUCACAGACUGGCUGGAAAUGACAGAGAUGGACUGGCCGCCUGACUCCUGUUGUGUCAGAGAGUUCCCAGGAUGCUCUAAACAGGCACAUCAUGAGGAUCUCAGUGACCUUUAUCAGGAGGGAUGCGGUAAAAAAAUGUACACUUUUUUGAGGGGAACAAAGCAAUUGCAAAUACUGAGAUUUCUUGGAAUCUCUAUUGGAGUAACACAGAUUCUGGCUAUGAUCCUCACAAUUACUUUACUGUGGGCUCUGUACUAUGACAGAAGAGAUCCUGGGGCAGAUCAAAUAAUGUCUCUGAAGAAUGAUACCUCACAGCAACUGUCAUGCCAUUCUAUGGAGCUACUGAAACCAAGCCUAACAGGAAUCUUUGAACAUACAUCCAUGGCAAACAGCUUUAAUACACAUUUUGAAAUGGAAGAAUUGUAGAAUUGUAGGUGAUACAAUUAAUCUAAAAAGUUACCAGGGUUUUAAUUGUUUUUGGGUUGUUUUUUUUUUAAAUUUUUUAUUCUGAUCCUUUAAUUAUACAAAAUAGACCAGUCUUCCAAUGCUUCCAAAACCAUGACUGAUUAAUGAUUGAUAAAGAGCCCUCUGUAGUAAGACAAAUAAGCAAGUGUCUGCCUUUCAGCCUCUUAGAAGAGCCAUGAAACAGAAUUGUUUUUGUUUUCUUGUUGUUGUUGUUUGUUUUCUUUUUAAGGCAUUCAUUCACUGGGCACAGUAACAGUAACUUACUGUUACAAGAUGUGUAAAAUACUGAUUGAUUCACACAUAGAUAGACAGAACCUCUAAGGAAGCAUCAAGAUAUUUGUCUUCUGAGGAGAUGACUGUGCUUUGGACAAACAAAAUGUGACAUUACUGAAAUUGACUUUUGCAUUUUUAAUAAGCCAUUUAGAAAACGUGUUAAAAUAAUCAGGGAUCUAUGUAUAUAUAAUUAUGUGUUCUUGUGUGUGCAUGAAUGACAGAACUAUAAUUCAAGUAAAUACUUGGAUUAAAAAAAUUGCAAGGUCUGUAAAAAGGACAAGAUUUUCUUUUUCUAACAAAACCUUUAUCUUAGCUAUUAUUGUCAAAGAUGCUCUAAAACUUAUAUUUUUAUGUAACUAUGUGACUAAUUUUUAAGUUUAAAUGUAUUAAAGAGGUAUUAAAUGCAAAAAUAUGAUUCUG